CUCAGCGCCCGCUCCGGGAGCCCCGCUCAGUCCAAGAUGGCGGCGCCGGUGGACGCUGCCGCCGCUCCCGCUCCCGCCGGGUACCGGCCCUUCGACCCGGCCGCGCUGGGGCUGGGCCCGGGCUGGCGCCUCACGGCCUUCGGGGAGCUGCGGGGCUGAGGCUGCAAAGUCCCGCAGGAGACGUUGCUCCAGCUCCUGACGGCGUUCGGGGAGCAGCGGCUGGGACGCGGGGAAGGGGCUGAACCGGAGGCGAGCGGCGGCGGCGGCGGCAACGGGGCUCCGGCUCUGGGAAUCGGGCUGGACUCGUGUGUCAUCCCCCUGCGCCACGGGGGCCUCUCGCUGGUGCAGACCACGGACUUCUUCUACCCGCUGGUGGAUGAUCCCUACAUGAUGGGCCGCAUUGCCUGCGCCAACGUGCUGAGCGACCUGUACGCGAUGGGUGUCACCGAGUGCGACAACAUGUUGAUGCUGCUCAGUGUCAGCACCAAGAUGACCGAGGAGGAAAGGGACAAGGUGAUGCCAUUGAUUGUGAAGGGCUUCAAGGACGCGGCGGAGGACGGGGGGACGUCGGUGACGGGGGGACACACGGUGCUGAACCCCUGGAUCAUCAUCGGGGGGGUUGCCACCACCGUGUGUCAGCCCAACGAGUUCAUCAUGCCUGACAGUGCUGUCCCGGGGGACGUCCUGGUGCUCACCAAGCCCUUGGGGACACACAUGGCCGUCACCGCGCACCAGUGGCUGGACAACCCGGAGCGCUGGGACAAGCUGAAGCUGGUGGUGACACGGGAGGAGGUGGAGGCAGCUUAUCAGGAGGCCGUGCUCAGCAUGGCCACGCUCAACCGCACCGCCGCGGGGCUGCUGCGCGCGUUCGGCGCUCACGCGGCCACUGACGUCACCGGGUUCGGGCUGCUCGGGCACGCGCGCGCGCUCGCGGCGCGGCAGCGCCACCACGUGACCUUCGUCAUCCACAACCUGCCGCUGAUCGCGCGCACCGCGGCCAUGAGCGCGGCCUGCGGCGGGGGGCGGCUCCUGCGCGGAACAGCCCCCGAGACCUCCGGGGGGCUGCUGCUGUGCCUGCCGCGGGAACAGGCCGCGCGGUUCUGCGCGGAGCUGCGGGCGCGCGGCCGCCAGGGGGCGCUGCAGGGCUGGAUCAUCGGCAUCGCGGAGCCCGGCCCGCGCGGCGCGCGCCUCAUCGAGCGCCCCCGCGUCAUCGAGGUGCCCGCGCGCGGCCCCGCCCCCGACAGCCCCGCCCCGGGGGAGGCCCCGCCCGAGGGCGCGUCAUAGGGGUGAGCCGGGACACCCCCCCCCCAAAAACCAGCUCCGACAGCCCCGAAACACCCCCAAAGCCACCCGAAACACACCGAAAUGGCCAAAAAUCCACCCCAAAUCCACGUGAAAUACCCCAAAACACACCAAAAUGGCCCAAAACCUGCCCCAAAAAGAUUCAGAUCCACCCAAAACACACCAAAACCCACCUGAAAUGCCCCGAAACACAACAAAAUGGCCCAAAACCUGCCCCCAAAAGAUUCAGAUCCACCCAAAACACACCAAAACCAACCUGAAAUGCCCCGAAACACAACAAAAUGGCCCAAAACCUGCCCCCAAAAGAUCCAAAUCCACCCGAAACACACCAAAAUGGCCAAAAAUGCAUCCAAAAUCCACCUGAAAUAGCCCGAAACACACUCCAAAAAGAUCCAAAUCCACUUAAAACACACCAAAACCUGCCCCAAACCACCUGAAAUACCACCAGCCCAUGGGACUGUCAUAGGGAUGAGCCGGGACACACCCCCCCCAAAAACCAGCUCCAACAGCCCUGAAACACCCCCAAAGCCACCCGAAACAGCCCGAAAUGGCCAAAAAUGCACCCAAAAUCCACAUGAAAUACCCCGAAACACACCCCAAAACAAUCCAAAUCCACCUAAAAUACACUAAAACCAGCCCCAAAACCACCUGAAAUACCCCUAAAUCCACCCGAAACAGCCCAAAUCCACCUGAAAUGGCCAAAAAUGCACCCAAAAUCCACGUGAAAUAGCCCAAAACACAGCCCAAAAAGAUCCAAAUCCACUUAAAACACACCAAAACCUGCCCCAAAACCACCUGAAAUACCCCCAAACCCAUGGGACUGUCAUAGGGGUGCACCGAGACCCCCCUGAAACACCCAAACCCACCCCAAAUCUGCCCAACACAGAUCCAAAAACCAUCUGAAACGCCCCAAAAUUUGCCCCAAAAUGACCCAAAGCACACCUAAAACCACACCUAAAACGACCCAGGCCAGGGGGUGGGUGACCUGAGCCCCCCAAAACCACCUCAAAUGGCCCC